AGUCUUCCUCCUCCCUACCAAUAAAAGGACCAAAACAUCUCAUUUUUUCAACAAAAACUUAGAAGCCAUGACCAUGAGCAAACAAAAAAUGCUUCUGCAACCUAUCAUCCUCAUAAUAGUAAUAGAGGUACUAUUAGCAGCAGCCACUUCAGCCCAAACACAAUUAACCUCUCCACCUCUUCCUUCUCCUCCUCCUCCCGGUGAAGUAGAAGUCAAGCCGGGUUGUCAAGACAAAUGUGGGAAUGUUAGCAUCCCGUAUCCAUUUGGUACAAAAGAGGGCUGUUACUUAAAUGAGGAUUUCCUCAUUACUUGUAAUAGCACACAUUAUGACCCCCCAAAACCAUUUCUUAGAAAGAGUCAUUCGAUUGAUGUCACAAAAAUAUCCGUAGAUGGGAAGCUUUACAUUACCCUAUACCCAGCCGUACAAUGUUACGAAAAAUCAGGCCAGCCGAUUGACGGCUUUACCAAUUUUCUCACUCUUUCCAGUUUCUUCAUAUCAAACACCGAAAACGUGUUUGUCGCAGUUGGUUGUGACACCCAUGGGUACAUUAAGGGAGACAAAAAUGGAAACUACGGAUACACUGGUGGGUGCACUACAGUGUGUGGCAGCAUUGACUACGUUGCCAAUGGUUCCUGCAGUGGUAUCGGCUGUUGUGAAACACCAAUUGCUCAAGGAAUGACUUCUUUCGAGGUGAGUGCAACGAGUUUUAAAAAUCAUUCGAAUGUGUACUCCUUUAAUCCUUGCAGUUUUUCCUUCGUUGUCCAAGGGGGCAAGUUCAACUUCUUCUCCAAUAUGUUGUGGUCGGAUUAUUUGAUAAAUACACAACUUCCGGUGGUACUCGAUUGGUCGGUUGGAAAUGAGACCUGCGCUAACGUUGUUGAGAAGAAACAAGUGCCGAAUUACACAUGUCAGGGCAACGCAACGUGUCUUGAUGUCGAGAAUGGAUCCGGGUAUCGCUGCAAGUGCAACGAAGGUUACCAAGGGAAUCCAUACCUAAAUGACUGCUAUGACAUUGAUGAAUGUGAGGUUCCAGAGCUCAAUACAUGCAAGCAAAAAUGUAUAAAUACAGAGGGAAACUAUACUUGUUCUUGCCACAAGGGGUACCAUGGUGAUGGUAGAAAAGACGGAGAAGGCUGCACCCCUGAUCGGACCUUUGUUAUCCAAAUUGUCGUUGGAAUCGGCGUAGGCCUCGUGUCCCUAUUCAUGGGCAGCUCUUGGUUGUAUUUGGGAUACAAACGAUGGAAGCUCUUGAAGCUAAAGGAGAAAUUCUUCAAGCGAAAUGGAGGGAUCAUGCUACAUCAGCAACUUUCAGAACGGCAAGGAUCCUCUCAUGAAACGGCAAAAAUCUUCACAACAGGAGAACUUGAGAAGGCCACCAAAAAUUAUCAUGAGACUAGAAUCAUUGGCAAGGGAGGGUUCGGUACAGUCUACAAAGGAAUUUUAGCAGACGGCCGAGUAGUUGCAAUCAAGAAGGCCAAAAUGGUAGAUCAAAGCCAGACAGAGCAAUUCAUAAAUGAAGUGGUCGUACUGUCCCAAAUCAACCACAGGAAUGUGGUCAAGCUUUUAGGUUGUUGUUUGGAAACCGAAGUCCCCCUACUAGUUUAUGAAUUUGUCGCCCAUGGAACCCUGUUUGAAUACAUCCAUAACACAACCAAAUCAUCCAAAUUCAACGCGCCUUGGGAAAUUCGUCUACGGAUAGCUACAGAAACUGCUGGCGUGCUGUCAUACUUGCACUCUGCAGCUUCUGUUCCUAUAAUUCACAGAGAUAUCAAGUCUACAAAUAUACUCUUAGAUGAGAAUCUCACAGCCAAGGUGUCUGACUUUGGAGCCUCAAGAUUGGUUCCAUUGGACGAAGCUCAGUUAUCUACAAUGGUGCAAGGAACUCUCGGGUAUUUAGACCCGGAAUACUUGCAGACAAGCCAGUUGACUGAGAAAAGCGAUGUCUAUAGUUUCGGAGUUGUCCUCGUCGAGCUACUAACAAGAAAGAAGGCACUUUCGUUUGACAAGCCGGAGGAAGAGAGAAAUUUGGCAAAGUAUUUUCUUUCAGCACUGAAAGACGACCGCUUGCUGCAAGUUCUUGAUGAUUGUAUUGUGACUGAGGCAAACGUUGAGCAGCUUAAGGAAGUUUCUAACCUUGCAAAGAGGUGCUUGAGAGUAAAAGGUGAAGAAAGACCAACAAUGAUGGAAGUUGCAAUGGAACUGGAGGGCUUGAGAAGGAUGGUCAUGCAUCCAUGGGUUAAUGAUAAUUCCAAUUUAGAAGAAACUGAAUGCUUGCUCGGAGAAAUAUCAAUGGAAACCAUUAGUAAUGAAGGAGGUGGCGAAUCAAGUUCGGGGUUUCAUAAUAUGAGGAACCACGUUGUAUUACCAGUUAGUGAUGGGAGAUGAUCGUGCCAGUGAACAAGUAUUGUGCUUUUUUUGCCUAAUAUUCCAUGGAGUACUUAUGUCUAUCAUUUAAUUUCUUUAAUUACCUUGUUUAAUUAAUAUGGAGUAAAUGUAAUUUUGCGGUGAAUGGAAAAAAACUGCUCUUAAUGAU